UAGGUUACUUUUUGUUUAUUUUAUUAAAAAGUUUUUUAUUUCAGAUUUAAAAGUAUAAAAUGAUGUAAACAUAACUGUAAUGUAAAUAGUGAUAAAACUACAAAAAUGUUUAAAGGAACGAUACGGUUUUUUUCCGAAAAUGUGUAUCUGUUUAUGGGAAUCCUAAUAGGAUUGUAUUUUUCAAAUAUAUUUUCCUAUACUGAAGCUCCAUCAUCCUGUACCAUCAAGACACGCUCAAUAAGAAAUGAGACGGAGAUCCAAGAAAUAAUAAAUUCCUCUGUGAACAAAUUUGCUCCGAAACCUCUAAUAAAAAAACCCGUUUCAAAUCCGAACAAGCCAAAACUCAUAAGACCACGAUACUAUUCAACCGAAUUGGGAAUCAGAGAAAAACUCUUCGUGGGAAUAUUCACAUCCGAAGAGAAGAUAAACAGCCAAGCUAUUCAUAUUAACAAAACCAUCGGUCAUAUCGUGGACAAAAUCAAGUUCUUCAUUACAGCACAGUACAAACUCAAAACUCAGUACAAUCUUACCGGUCUAGUUGGAUUCACCGACUCUAGACACAAAUACAGGCCGUUCCAAGUCAUCAAGUUUGUUGCGGAUACGUUCAGCCAAGGUUACGAUUACUAUUUUUUCGCAAACGAUUACACUUUUAUUAAUGCUCAUCGGCUAAACGAGAUAAUUAAAAAAAUAAGUGUGAGUAUGGACGUCUAUUUAGGCAAACGCGUGAAAGAUGGCAGCUAUUGCAACUUAGAUUCUGGAAUAUUAAUUAGUGCAUCUGUAUUGAAAGCUAUGAGAAACCAUUUAGAUUGGUGUAUUAUGAACGCUGUAUCUGAGGAUCCCAGUGAAAAUAUCGGGAGAUGUGCCUAUCACAGUUUUGCGAUAUCCUGCCAAGAAUCAGUCCAAAUGGAAAGUCUACCUUCGUUCAAAAUUAAGCAUUUCGAGCUAUUGCCUCACUUGAAAGAAAUGACUAUGAAAAAGGAAUUCAACGAAGCAGUUACCGUCUAUCCAGUAUUAAAAAAGGACGAUUUUUACACGUUGAACGCUUAUUUUUUAAAGCAACGAUUGGCAAUGCUACAGGAAGAAACACAAGACAUUUCUACACUCCUUACAGGGGAGGAAUGGCCGCCUGGUCAAAGGCAGGGAGCGAAACCUGCCACUAGAUUCGAUUUACCUAGGCAAUACUAUUUUAACGCAACUCACAUUUUCUUUCCUGAUGAUUUUUCCACUUUAAAACAACUGAAUAAAGCGGAACUGAAGGAGCACGAGGAAAUCAUAGAAGAAAUAAAACUGAAAACAUUAAAUGGAAACGGCAAGAAUUUAAAAUACAUGGAAUUGGUGAAUGGAUACAAACUAUUUGAUUUAAGCAGAGGAAUGGAUUAUACAUUAGACGUUAAAUUUGAAGAUCUAAACAGCGGAAAACAAUUAAUAAAAAGGUUCGAGGUCUGCAAACCUUUAGGGAACAUAGAGAUCAUACAAGUGCCUUACGUAACUGAAAACACCAGAGUGAACAUUCUAUUUCCCGUUCAGGAAACAGAAGUACCUUUAGCAACAGAAUUUCUAACUAACUACGCUUCGUUAAUCAUGGACAGGAAAGAAAAGACCUUCCUCCUGGUUAUUUUACUCUAUCAAUACAACAGCGAAAGCAAAGGUUCUAAAGAUCCUUUCGCUGAAUUGAAAAGUUUCUCUACUGCUGCCGCCAAUAAAUACAAAAAUGACGAUGUUAAAAUCGCUUGGUUGUCAAUAAGAUUACCGGACUUGCCCAAGCCGCUGUAUUUAGAGGAUAAUAGAGCCUUGAAUUUCGCUAUAGUUGAUUUGGCUCUGAAGAAAAUUGGUUUGGAUAGUUUAACUUUGAUAUUGGAUGUAUAUUGCAACAUAUCGGUGGAAUUUUUAAAUAGGGUCAGAAUGAAUACCAUACAAGAUUUCCAAAUAUUUAACCCGAUUCCCUUUCGCCAGUACAAUCCGAAAGUAACCCAAAUGAAUACCCUCGAUAUCAACAAAUUCAACGGGCAUUUCGAUAGGGAGGAAUAUAAAUAUAUUUCCUUUUACGGAAAAGACUACGUUAUUGCAAGAAAAAAACACCAACACAUUCUGCCAUUGAUAAGAGUGGACAAUGAUAUUUCUAACAUUCUCGACGAAGACCACAAAACAAUAGGUAACAUCUUCGAAAUGUUCAUUAAAUAUUACGACAAGUUGCAUUGCAUGAGAGCCACCGAAAUGGGCUUGAAAAUUCGAUAUCACGACGAAACCGACUGGCGAAGGAAGAAUGCCUUUUUGGGCAGUGAAGCCGAAUUGGCGAAGCUCAUGUUAACGAAGAAAGAGAUUUAUGAAGCGUCUUGAGUAAUGUUUUCUUG